AUGCCUUAUUGUAGGUCUCAAAACUAUGAAAAGUCUCUUUGUCACGAAGUCAAAAAUCUAUUACAGAUGGCCGAGGCGGAAGACAGCGGUGGGGUGGGCCGACUGUCAAGGCUGGAGGCCAGCUAUCUGGAUGGACCGUCAAAAAGCAGUACCGCACUGUCAUUUGAAGCACUCCUCGACACCCUCAUCUGUUUAUACGAUGAGUGCUGCAGUAGUACAUUGCGAAAGGAGAAGUGUGUAGCCGAAUUUGUUGAGUCUGGUCAGUCAUUACUUCUCUAUUGUUCUUCGAGUUAUUUCUUUUCUGUUUUUUCUUCUGUAAUCUCAAUAUUUAUCGUUUUUAUACAGGUUGUCCCUGGCAGAUAUAUGAUUCAAUAG